AAAGGCCAUCGUCAUCACCAUCGGGCAUCCACGAGUCGCAACUAGCAGGGGAGUAGUGCGGAUAACAAAAUCCGAAGGAAACGAAGAAACACUAAACAAUGGAGGCAUUGAAGGUGACAAGCUGGCAGCCACUGAGGCACCUCUUUCGCUUCGCAACGAAACCAACCUCCUUCGCCAGACUCGUACUGGUCAGAUGCUCCUCCUCCUCCGCCGCCACCGCCGGACGUAACCGCCGAUCUUCUUCUUCUUCGUCUUCCACUUCCGACAGAGACGCCGUCCGCGCCAUUCGCUUGAAAAAGGUGGAAGAAUUGCGGAGUAAGGGCUUAGAGCCGUAUGCUUAUAAGUGGGAUAGGACUCACACUGCUAAUCAGCUGCAAGAUAUAUAUAAGCACCUGGGGAAUGGCGAGGAGUCCAAUAGUGAGGGCGAUGACGUUUCCAUAGCAGGAAGAAUUGUGGCUCGCAGAGCAUUUGGGAAGCUUGCCUUUUUGACGAUCCGUGAUGAUUCCGGGACAAUUCAGCUUUACUGUGAGAAGGAGAGGCUUGUAGAUGAUCAAUUUGACCAGUUAAAGAUGCUUGUUGAUAUUGGUGAUAUACUUGGUGCAAGUGGUUCAAUUAAGCGGACAGAGAAGGGAGAACUUUCUGUUUAUGUGAAUUCAUUUGGCAUUCUAACUAAAUCUCUACUACCAUUGCCGGACAAAUAUCACGGUCUAACUGAUGUGGAUAAGCGCUACCGCCAAAGGUAUGUAGAUAUGAUAGCAAAUCCUGAAGUAGCUGAUAUAUUCCGGAAAAGAGCAAAGAUUGUGUCAGAGAUACGCAAGACAGUGGAAUCUCUAGGUUUCCUUGAAGUUGAAACUCCAGUUCUACAGGGAGCAGCUGGUGGGGCAGAAGCUAGGCCAUUUGUUACAUACCAUAAUUCUCUUGGAAGGGACCUAUAUUUGAGAAUAGCAACUGAGCUUCACUUAAAGAGAAUGCUGGUUGGGGGGUUUGAAAAAGUAUAUGAGAUUGGGCGAAUAUUCAGAAAUGAAGGCAUUUCAACUCGUCAUAAUCCCGAAUUUACCACAAUAGAGAUGUAUGAAGCGUAUUCAGACUACCAAAGCAUGAUGAACAUGGCGGAGGAAAUUGUUACUAGAUGUGCUCUUGCAGUUCAUGGGAAGCUUACCAUUGACUACCAGGGUGUGGAGAUAUGUCUUGAGCGACCUUGGAGGAGGGAAACUAUGCACAAUCUUGUAAAAGAAGCCACUGAAAUUGAUUUCAAUGAGUUGGGCAAUGAUCUUAAAGCUGCUAAAGAAGCCACUCUGACGGCCCUUGGAAUCAACCUUGAUAACAAAGACAAAUCUUCUAUUGAAGCAUGUCAAUCUGUUGGCCACCUCCUUAACGAGGUUUUUGAGAUUGUUGUUGAACCAAAGCUUCUGCAACCCACAUUUGUUUUGGACUAUCCUAUUGAGAUAUCUCCUCUGGCAAAACCACAUCGAAGGCAUGCGGGGUUAACUGAGAGAUUUGAGCUUUUCCUCUGUGGUCGUGAGCUGGCCAACGCAUUUUCUGAAUUGACUGAUCCUAUGGAUCAGAGAGGACGCUUGGAAGAGCAAGUGAGGCAACAUAAUGAGAAGAGAGCAGCAGCUGUUUUGGAAACACAUGGUGCAGAAGAGAGAGGAAAUAAAAAUGAGGAUGACUCGUAUGAAGUGACUCUUGAUGAUGACUUCCUAACAGCUUUGGAAUAUGGAAUGCCUCCGGCUUCAGGAAUGGGACUUGGAAUUGACAGGCUAGUGAUGCUUCUAACAAACUCUGCCAGUAUCCGGGAUGUAAUUGCUUUCCCGGUCCUUAAGAUUCAGCAGUAGUGUCAAAACAAAAGGUCUGGUUGAUGAGACUUCUUCUGGAUCAGCGCUCUUCAAUGUCCACCUCCUUUUGGUAGUUAGUGCCUUUGCUGUUUUCUUCAAUAUCUCAGUAUCAUUUUUAGGAAGAUUUUGCCUUGUAUGUGGAGUUUGAUGAAGUCUGGAUUGGGGGAAAAAAAAUAAAGCUUCAGUAUUCAUUCUUAACAAAAAUACAAUAUAGAUUCUUGAUUUUUUUUAUUUUUUCUUAGAGUCCAGGGUAUUCAUUCUGCGGGUGGCUGUAAAUUAUGACUACGUUGAGACACUUAAGGCUGCAAUAGAAUUUCAUUGACUGAAUAUGAUAAUCAUGUUAUCUGUACUUGAAACUGGAUUUUAAUAUGGGUAAAUUUUAAUCAUGUUCUUGAUUCAUGGCUACACA